AUGGAGCAGUCACAAUGUGGCAGCAGACACCGCAGCGCCAACGGUAGCAGCCGACCCCACACGGUCCCGGGGCUGAUGGUGGCGGCCCCACCGCCCGCUUCGCCGGGGUUGCCGGUACCCUCGGGGAUGUCUGGUCCCCCCGCUUUCUUGCGGCCGCCCAGCUUCUUCCUGCGAGCGGCCGCGGGGAGCGCAGGCUGCCCGCCGGCCCCCGGGCUGGAGAGGGCAGUGAGCGCGGUGGGCUGCGGCUACCCGCGGACGCCUAAGUGUGCUCGCUGUCGCAACCAUGGCGUGGUGUCCGCGCUCAAGGGCCACAAGCGCUUCUGCCGCUGGCGGGACUGCGCGUGUGCCAAGUGCACCCUGAUCGCCGAGCGCCAGCGCGUCAUGGCCGCUCAGGUGGCGCUGCGGCGGCAGCAGGCGCAGGAGGAGAGCGAGGCUCGCGGGCUGCAGAGGCUCCUGUACCCCGAACCCUCGGGCUCCGGGGGUCCCGCGCCCGGAGGAGGCGGCAGAGCCGAGAACCCCCAUGCCGCGGCGGCUGCCCUGGGACUGGGGAACUUGAGACAGGCCUGUGGGCUGGCGACCCCCGCUUUCGAGGGUUUCCAGCAAGAUUAUGCAGAGGACAAACAGGAACAAAAAGAGAGUAAAUGUGUCUCAUACCAGAGUGGACAAGAAGAGUCAGUCCCUAAACAACCUUCUCUGAGAUCAUCUCCUAAGUCUAAUGGUGUCGUUGAGAAACAAAGCAGCAGGUCAUCUGUUUCAGAAACUUCAAACACACUUGAUAGCAUCCCAUCUCCUUACCCUGGGGAGCAAUCAGCAGGUGAAGACAGUCCCAGGUCCUUAUCAUCCUCUGAUCUAGAAUCAGGAAAUGAAAGUGAGUGGACCAGAGAUGGUAUUACUACCAGAACCAGCCUUCCCACAGUGUCCUCAACACCAAGAGACCCUCUUGGUAUUCUUACCAAAAUUUUCCCAAGUUACAAACGCAGCCGGCUAGAAGGCAUUCUACAGUUCUGCAAAGGGGAUGUUGUCCAAGCCAUCGAGCAGGUCUUAAAUGGGAAAGAACACAAGCCAGACUCCAGAGAUGUAGUAAACUCCAGAGAGUUGGAAAAUACAUCCUUUCAGAGAGCUUCGAGUUUUAAUCUAGCUGGAAUUGCUUUUGGAACUUUAGGUAAUAAAUCAGCGUUCUCUCCUCUUCAAACCACGUCUGCUCCAUACCGAGGUGAUUCAGGUCUCUACAGCUUAAAUCCUACACUAGCUUUUAGUUCAUUACGUCUGGCAUAUUCUUCUCCGGGAAGAGGGCUAUCUGGUUUUAUGUCUCCCUACCUAACACCUGGGUUGGUUCCAGCAUUGCCUUUUCGGCCAUCUUUGGAUUAUGCCUUUUCAGGGAUGAUUAGGGAUUCUUCUUACUUUCCCAGUAAAAACUUAACUGGUGGUAGACUGUAUUUCGGACCCAAUCAGGACAGUCUUUAA